UACACGUCACAGUCCGAGAUCUGCUGCAUACCUAUCGCCUCGAUUGUGCCUCCUGAUUUGCAGCACAUUGCGUCUGCUGCAAGGACAAGCCACAAGCCCCGUUGGUCCUCUCAUGUCCGUCGUGUCCGCCCUGCGCGGCGCCGGCCGGCAGCUCUCCACCUCCACCGCCACCCUGUCCGCCCUGCGGGGCGCACGCCGGCAGCUCUCCACUUCCACUUCCACCGCCGCCCCAUCCGCCCUGCGCGGCGCCGGCCGGCGGCAGCUCUACACUUCAACCAUCGCCUCGAGGGCGAGCGGCGCCUGCGUGUUCCAGAUCAAGGACUACACGGACAUCAAGAGGAUUUUGGGCGUCGGGCAGGACACGACAUCAGACGACUUCUACGUCGGCGACUAUAGAUUUCGCAUCCUGUGCUGCCCAAACGGCUCCAGCGAGAUGUACGAGGGCUACGUCUCCGUCUUCCUCGAGUAUCUCAGCCAUGCCAGCCACGCAAAGACCGGGGAUACCAUGGCAAAGGUGGAGCUGAGCAUACUCGACCAAGCCUCCAAGCCAUCGCACACACAAACCAAAGCAGAUUACCGCUUCUCCAACGCCACUUCCCUCAACUGGGGCUGGAGAGACUUCAUCAAGCACGAGGAUCUGGACGAGGAGAAGCAUCUCAAGGACGAUUGCCUGACCAUCCUGUGCGACGUCACCGUCACCGCACUGGGUAUCGAAGACCACGUCGAGGCUGCCGCACCGGAGCCUACUGUCGUGGAGCCUCCGUUCGGCAUGCGCGGGCUACUCGCGGAAUUCAUCUGGAACAAGAAGGAAGUGGACGUGCAGAGCGGCGGCGGCGGCGGCUGCAACACCGCCUUACUACGCGUUGACGACAUGGACGCCGAGGUGUUCAAGGCCCUGCUCCAGUUUAUAUACUUGGACUCGCCUCCCCGGCCCCUCGAGAAAACAAUGGCAGAGAGGCUGCUCGUCGCGGCGGACAGGUAUGAGCUGGAGAAGUUGAAGCUCAUCUGCGAGGCAGCGUUGUUGCGGCACGUUGAUCUGAGCUCCGUGGCUGCUGCUCUAGCGUUGGCCGAGCGGCAUCAUUGCUCCGUGCUGAGGACCGCAUGCGUGCAGUUCCUCUCUUCUCCCGGUAACCUGGAAGCAUUCAUGGCAUCGGGUGGAUUUGAACAACUAAAGACAGGUUGUCCCUCUGCUCUGUUGGAGCUCCUCGUGAAGAAGAUGAUGCGUGAACAGCAAUGA